GCCGGGAGCCCUGGGGACCGAGUCUGCACGCCGCGCGGGACCCGGAGCGGGGAGGGCCGCGCCGCCGCCGCCGCCUCCUUCCGCUGGCCAUGCAUUCUUCCGGCUCCCGCAGCCCGGGCCCGGCCCCGGCCUGCCCGAGAAAGACAGGACCGACGCCAAUGUGAGAAUGGCUGUGACCGUGGAAGAAGCUCCGUGGCUGGGCUGGAUCGUAGCGAAAGCCCUGAUGAGAUUUGCCUUCAUGGUCGCCAACAACCUGGUUGCUAUCCCAUCCUACAUCUGCUAUGUAAUUAUACUGCAGCCCCUCCGAGUGCUGGACAGCAGGCGCUUCUGGUAUAUCGAGGGACUCAUGUACAAAUGGCUUUUAGGAAUGGUGGCUUCUUGGGGAUGGUAUGCAGGAUACACAGUGAUGGAAUGGGGGGAAGAUAUUAAAGCAAUCUCUAAUGAUGAAGCAGUGAUGUUGGUGAACCACCAGGCAACUGGAGAUGUGUGUACAUUGAUGAUGUGCCUACAGGACAAAGGACCGGUUGUUGCUCAGAUGAUGUGGCUGAUGGAUCAUAUUUUCAAGUACACAAACUUUGGAAUUGUUUCUCUGAUUCAUGGGGACUUCUUUAUAAGACAGGGAAGAUCCUAUCGUGACCAACAGUUACUGGUUCUCAAGAAGCACCUAGAACAUAAUUAUAGGAGCAGAGAUCGAAAAUGGAUUGUUUUGUUUCCUGAAGGGGGCUUUCUCAGGAAGAGGAGAGAAACAAGCCAGGCAUUUGCCAAGAAAAAUAACUUGCCAUUUCUUACACAUGUCACUUUGCCAAGGUUUGGGGCAACAAACAUUAUACUGAAUGCACUUGUAGCGCGGCAGGAAAAUGGAAGCCCAGCAGGAGGAGACGCUAGAGGGUUAGAAUGCAAAUCAAGAGGCCUCCAAUGGAUAAUAGACACAACCAUAGCUUAUCCCAAAGCUGAACCAAUAGAUAUUCAGACCUGGAUCCUUGGAUACAGGAAACCAACAGUCACUCAUGUUCAUUACAGGAUUUUUCCAAUUAAAGAUGUGCCCUUGGAGACUGAUGACCUCGCCAGUUGGCUCUAUCAACGGUUUAUUGAAAAGGAGGACCUCUUGUCACAUUUUUACAAAACAGGGGCCUUUCCUCCUCUCCAGGGCCAGAAGGAAGCUGUUUCCAAGGAGAUGACCCUCAGCAACAUGUGGAUAUUCCUCAUUCAGUCCUUCGCAUUUUUGUCAGGCUACCUGUGGUACCACAUCAUUCAGUAUUUUUACCAUUGCCUAUUUUAGGAACUGACUUGGACUUGCCACAUAGGAGUUCAGACUUCAUACAUGUGCAUUAUUUUACAUGUGCAAAUCUAAAUAUACAAAUCAAAAUAUAUAAAAAGCAAAGGAAAUUCAAAUGGAUGGAUUAAUGUUUAUCCCCCUUUGGGAUAUUUUAAAACUCUACUACAAUGAGGAUCAGUAAUACAAUGAUGUGCUAAUAUAUUUUAAGAACUUUUCGUGUUUUAAAGAGAUACACUCUACCAUAUGUUUAUGCAAGCAUCACACUGGGAGAAGAGGAAAUCAUAAAAUCAUCUUAGAAGACUCCAAAAGAAACUGUUGCCACCAGAUGCCCUUGGUCAUGCCCCUGUUCAGAAGCUGUGCCCCUCUUUAUUAGGGCAGAGCUUCACAACAUUAAUGUGUCCAGCCAUCAUGCUGAGGUACUGGUAGCCUGGAGAGCUGGUGGGUAAGUUCUGAGGACUGGUCUGCUUAUCUAACAAGCUGCAGUCCUCAACCCUGGCUGAGGUACAGCAUUGGCAUUCUGUGGGAGCAGUGUCCACUGUACACCUGAUCACUGUGUCCCCAGAAAGGCUAGCUCAUCCCAGCACCGUGUUUACAUGUGCUAGUGUUUCCCUUCUGUCGGGAGAGGGGAGCACCCACUUUCUCUUUUUGUAUAGAAGGCACAUCAUAGAAUGAAUAUUGUAUUUUACAAAAUGCACUUUUAUCAGAUGCAAAUACAGCGAAGGAUAGUAACCCAGCCUGACACAAAGGGAAGCCUCACCUGUGAGCAGGCUCCCAGGAGGCUUUUCUGUCUACGUGCUUGCCUGUGAUACGCUCCAGCACCAUCUUCAUUGGUCACCUCCCUGACCCCAUUCCCCUGUUGGUAGCUGGAUCCCCCCACCCCCAAUUUUGACAUAGUAGCACCAAAUGUAUUUGGGGGCAGUUAAAGCAAAUUAACGUAAAACAUUUAAAUGACCAGUUUAAGGGAAAUAGACUAGCUUAUUAGGAAAUAAAAGAUAGAACCAGACAUUGGCUUGCAGUAUUGACAGGACCUCCUGUGGCCCCCAGAGUCUGUGCAGACAUCAGUGUGUUCUGUCAUUAGCGUCAAGCAGCUGCCCCUCUCAGGGUGGCAGGACCAGGGCACAGCAGCUCAGUACACUUCCCAGCCUCUUCCAGCUGUCCUUGAAGAGGGCAGAGUCCAGAAAAGGUUUUAAGUUUGUCAUUGUUCAUGUGGUUUACCUCCUAGGAGAACUGGACUUUGCAAAAAAGUGCAGGCACUGCAUCAGCACUGAGACAGAGGGCUGGUUUGGGGUGAUGAAGUUCCAAAGCUUGAAAGUCAGCAGUAUUCUGUGCAUGAACACUGUCGGUUCCCCCAUGUGACUAACAACACAAGUAACAGUUCUGACAAAUAGGCUGCAAAACAAAAACACAGACUAAUGUUUUCUGUUCUCAAAUAAACCAAAAGGAAAAACGAAAGAGGAAAAGAUGUGAAUAUUCCCCAGUUGUAUGGGAAAGGCUGACAACACCAAAUAAAAGCCCAUAGCAGCUUCAUCUUUAGCAAACCCAGAGCCCGUGUGGAGGAGAAUGACGUGUUCCUGACAUACCUCACUGGUGCCACACCACCACUGUUACAGUGCAGGAGACAGUGGGUUUGGUUAUUAGAAAGCAUUUCACUCUGACUUUCAGUGACAUUGCAGAGGUCAAGAAAGCAGCCCUAAUCUGGAAAUGAUGGGCAGCCAGAGAGAAGCUGCUCAGGGCCUCUAGUUGAGACCCAGGGACAAGUGUUCAUUUGCUGGAUGAAUUGAGUUGAGACAUUAGUUGGCCAUCUGGGGGAGAAGUCCACUGUCAAGUAUAGCAUGCAGUCCUAGCUAGCAGACCAUUUCCCCAUGGCAAAGCAAGCCACAGACCAUGGUGGCCAGUUCCUGCAUGGGUCUGUAUAUCCAUACGUGCAGACAGAAGUGUGGCUCUGGCCCACUUCUACCACUGCUAUGCUCCAAAAGGAACGUGAUCAUUGAGUAUAGUGUACAUGUUAAACCCACCCCCCUAAGAUGCAUUACUUUCCAAUGCAGUUUCAUUUCCACAGUCUCUAGAGUGACAAGUAACUAUAGAUUUGUGAACUAACUUUUGAUAAUAGACAUGAGCUGUAAAUAGAUAUGUAUUUGAUUUGUCCUACACCUCUUCGGUUCUUUCUACAUGUCUUCUGUGUGCAAACACGUUUGAGAGUAUUGAAAGUGCUUCCUUACCAGUAACUGGAGUCCACCUGCUAGUCCUGGGGAAUGUGAAGAGAGAAUAGUCUGGGGAAGCCGCAACAUGCCACUGAAGAGAACUGAAUAAAAUUCCCCAUUUGUACUUAGUAUGUAAAGAAAGCUAAUGUCUUAAGUCAGGGGAAAGUGAGUAAAGCCACUUCAGUUUACAGAGGCAUCCUUUAUGGUUGCAGCUCUUUGCCCUCAGCUGGACUGCCUGGCUUCCUGCAGACGGGCUGGGCGAUUCACAGGCAAGACCAAGCAAGAGCUCAACUCACCCAGUUCAGAAAUACACAUAUGACAGAGAAGCCUGUAAGCAGUGGGAGCAAAGAGAAACCAGAGUGGAAUGAAGCUUGAAUGGAUAAACAAGUUAGAUGAGAAUUUAAUAAAGUAUGAAAAUGGUUAUCUGUGGGUUCCAAUCUGUCAUGU